AUGCUAUUACUACACUGCUUGGCAUGCUUAGCCGCCGUCACUACAGGCGCGGUACUGCCGCCACCCUGGGCGGAUCCGUCUCAGAAUCCGUGCGCAGCAGAACCAUCGGGUGGAUGGCAGCUGCUCUACUGGCCGGACGACAAGAAGUGCUACCGGAUAUUCCAACGCGGGUACCCGUGCCCAGAGACGAUGGAAUUGGUGCCGCGACCGGACCGCAAGGGUUCCGCAGAGUGCGCGUGUCCGCCGGGCAGCGUCCGUAGCGCUCGCGACUCCCGUUGCCAUCAGCUGUUCAGGCUCGGCGGUCCCUGCGACGACGGCCAAUACUUCGCCCCCGAUCUGGACAGGGAUGAUAGGGAGAGGUGGGGAACAUGUGAGGAUCCGUCACCGUGCGCGGAAAAAAACGAAUUGUUUUGGCCCAAAGACAAGCGCUGCUACCGCAAGCACUCUAGGGGACCAUGCACCGAAGGACAGCUAUUGGUGCCUAGCACCAUGAACGAUUUAAUCGGCGACUGUAGAUGUGAAAACGUUCCAGAGCUCGUGACUUACUUUUGGGCACCCGCAGGCACGUGUCACGAACACUACACGAUGGGACCGUGUCAGGAACGCGGGGGAAUAUUCCUGCCGGGAGGCCAGUGUGGAUGUGACCCGUCGCUGCCGCACUUCCACAACGGCACGGGUAAGUGCUACCAACUGGGCGGCAUCGGGCCUUGUUCCCCGGGACACCAGUUCCUAGUUCCAGCCGGUGGUUCCAAGGCCGAGUGCACAUGCAAGGAGGGCCACAUCAAGUGGUUCGGGGACGGCGCGUGCUACAGGCCUUACACGCGCGGGCCUUGCGCCGCGGGUAACAUGUAUAGCGUAAACACGACGGCCACCGGCAUGGCGGUCGGGUGCGUGGACGUCCCGUGCACCGCGGGCAAGCUGUACUUCCCGGGCGGCAAGGGCUGUCACCGGGUGGGCACUCAGGGCCCGUGCCCGGCCGGCCAGAUCGUCCUGUUCCAGGACACGGUCAAGACGUCCAUCGAGGGAGUGUCUUACCUGGGUAUGUGUGGCUGUGCCAACGCGGACGCGGCCGCUGGCACGUUUUACUCGUCGUCGCAGGCAGUCACGUGCAAGCCGCCGGCCGCGGCCAGGAAACUGCAGCAGCAGCAGCAGGACGUCCGCGGCGCCGGCGCAAGCCCGCGACGGACGGACGCGCUGCUGCAGCCGCAGGACCCUUGUGGCCACCGGCGUGGCACCGUCGCCUGGACUGAUCUGUCAUGCAAGCAACUUUACCUGCAGGGGCCGUGCGAGCCCGGUGAGUGGGUGGUGCCGGACAGGGGCAAGGGCACACGGAAGGGUCGGGGCUGGAAGAUGGGCAAGUGCGAGUGCCGGCCCGGGUUCACGGCCGUGCCGGUGCCGGGCGACGCCAACAACGCCACGGCGUGCCAGCCGCCGACGGUAACGCUGGCCAAGUUCCUAAACAUGAGCGAAGAGUUCAACCACAACCACAACAACAACAGCGCCACGGCCGACGAACCCGGCGACGGCGACGAUAACAAUGGUAAUAACAACGGAGUCCGGACGCGAUGA